AUGGCGGCCACCGCCCGGCCCCGGCCCUCGCCCGGCUGCAGAAGCGCCGUGAUCCUGACGCUCGCGGUGGCUCUCUGCGCUCUGGCCCCUGCCCGGACCUCCAACCCGCUCUCGCCGGCCGCGCCCGCCACCGAUUGCGCCGGCAAAGGGAAAGCGGGCAGCAACUGCUCAGAAUUAAAUGUAAAGGAGUCAGAUGUGAGAGUAUGUGAUGAAUCAACAUGUAAAUAUGGGGGUGUUUGUAAAGAAGAAGGAGAUAGUUUGAAGUGUGCAUGCCAAUUUCAGUGUCACACAAAUUAUAUUCCUGUUUGUGGUUCGAAUGGAGAUACAUACCAAAAUGAAUGCUUCCUCAGGAGAGCUGCUUGCAAGCAUCAGAAAGAGAUAACCGUCGUUGCUAGAGGCCCUUGUUACUCUGAUAACGGUUCUGGAUCAGGAGAAGGAGAAUAUGAAGGAUCUGGAACUGAAGUUCAUAGAAAACAUUCCAAAUGUGGUGUUUGCAAAUAUAGGGCAGAAUGUGAUGAAGAUGCAGAAAAUGUUGGGUGUGUGUGCAACAUAGACUGUAGUGGAUACAGUUUUAACCCUGUUUGUGCAUCUGACGGACGUUCCUAUAACAACCCAUGCUUUGUUCGAGAAGCCUCUUGCCUGAGACAAGAACAGAUUGAUAUCAGACAUCUUGGACAUUGCUCAGACUCUGAUGAUACUAGCUUAUUGGGGAAGAAGGAUGAUGGAAUGCAGUAUCGGCCAGAUGUAAAAGAUGCAAGUGAUCAAAGAGAGGACAUCUAUAUUGGAAACCACAUUCCUUGCUCAGAAAGUUUCAGUGGCUAUUGCAUCCAUGGGAAAUGUGAAUUCAUUUAUUCUACACAGAAGGCUUCCUGCCGGUGUGAAUCUGGAUACACAGGACAGCACUGUGAAAAGACGGACUUUAGCAUACUUUAUGUUGUCCCUAGUAGGCAAAAGCUCACACAUGUCCUCAUUGCGGCAAUAAUAGGAGCUGUCCAGAUUGCCAUCAUUGUUGCAAUUGUUAUGUGCAUAACCCGGAAAUGCCCCAAAAACAACAGAGGACGACGGCAGAAACAAAAUCUAGGCCACUUUACUUCAGAUACAUCGUCCAGAAUGGUUUAACAUGAUUUUUAUAUCUACACUGACCAUGUGAUGUACAAUUUUGUUACCUUUUUUUUCUUUUAAAGAAUGGAAAUAUUUAUUUCAGAGGCCUUAUUUUUGGACAUUUUUUAGCGUAGCUCUGGUUUGUUUCAUACUGAAAGCAGCCGACAGCUAUGGACUGCUCUGGUAACUUCUCAUUUAAUGAUUUGAAGAAUACAGUAGUUUGUUUCCUGUACUUGUAUCACAUGGUUAUGAUAAUGGACUUGUGCUUUACUCAUGGAAUGUAACAUUUUGGAGAAUGGAGACAUUUCAUCAAUGAUCGUAGAACAAACAAAAUGGAGCCCUUCAAGUUUGCUAGCAAACAAGGCAUGACCCAAGGGUAAAGAUGUUUACAGCAUACUUUUCUUACAAGGAAUUAGAAGACACUGUGUUUAAAUACCGUAGAUAUUUAAAUGUUUUUGAAAGUUAGUCACUGAUUUUUUUAGACACUGCCAAUCGCAUGAAUUGUGAAGAUGUGUAUUGUGUGUAGUUGUGACAUAUUUAUAAUGGGUUGAACCCAGACUAAUUUGGUUGCACUUAAUUCACAUUGAAAUCAAUGGAACCAGUUAAUUUUAAUUGAAUGUCCACUGAUUUCACUGGAAACUGAGUGCAACUAAUUUACAGUGCAGUCUUGCACAUGCCAACUCAGAGUAACCCCAACGGAGUUAAAUGGGAAUUUCUCCCAGGUAGGCAUGUGAAAGAUUGCAGAAUCAGACUGGAUUCAACCUGAUACAGACUGGGUUGAAGCACCGCUGUCUUCAUAAAUAUUUGACACUUUAUUUUUAAAUUGUAAAAUAGUAAUGAUGAUUAUGAUAUACAUUUCAUAAUUUUAAAGACUGCCCAGUAGAGCAGAGGGCAUUUGUCUUGUAGAAACAGGUCUUGGAAGGCUUGUGUAUUGUUUUUAAAAAAGAGUUAUGUUUAAUAAUCCAACUCACAUGAUUGGGAUUAAGCCUGUGUUGGUCACUAUUUAAAGUUAAACUGCUUUCCUACUUAUUACAGUUUUCUAAUGAGGAUACCUGUUUUCACAUCAAUGAAUGCAAUUGUAUAGUCUUUGUGAUUAAAAUGCAAAAACAAAAAAAUUAAAUGCCAUGAAAAAAAAUUGUGCUCUUCUCUAGAGUAUUUUCAAGAGAUAAGGACAUGUCUCAUCCAAAUAAAGUCUGCUGGUUGUAGUUAUAAUAUUAAUAGGAUGUUAGUAGUUGUUUGGGAGAUCCAGAGCUAAAAUGUAACUAGGGUGUGUUCCAGCUGUUCAACAUGUAGUUUUAGGCUUUCCAAUUCUGCAUGUAGGAUUUUAAAAUUUGUUCAAUAAAAAGGCUUUCAAUAUUUGAACCGGAAAGGUAUGUCAAUACAGUGUUUUCCCAUGAUACAUAAUCUGUUAUGAGUGUGUUUCUUCGUUACUUGAAAUGAACAGCCUUCACAUGUUGAUGAACAGUAGCACUUUUUCAUUUAAAUUGUUCAAACUCUAUUGAAAACAUUGAUCUCCCCCCUCCCCUGCCACCU